AUGAAAUCCAAUACUUUUGCAAUUUUAUUGGCUUUUCUCGCCAUUGUAGCCUUGGCAAAUGCUCAGAAUUCUACCAACACCACCGCUACGUCUACUACGGCUGCUGCUGCUCCUGCAAGCACUGAAGAAAACAAAAUAGCAAAAUGUCUUAAAGAUAACAACUGUGCAGGUAAUCUAGACUGCAGCGCUAAAUGCGCUGGAGUUCCAAACCCAUCGAGACAGGAUGUUAACAGUACAAAUGAUUGUGUAGCCAAAUGCAAUUCAACUCUCCCUGACGCUAAUGCCUACAAAACUUGUCUCAAUGGCUGUAUAACCAACAAUUACUUUGAUCCCAGCAAAACUGCCGUAUCAGUUCCUUCUAACACCGGCACAUCUGACAGUUCAAACAAAACUGGCACCAGUGGAAGUGGUAAUAACACAAGUACAGGCAGUUCAUCGAAUAGUAGCCCGAGUUCUUCCAGUUCUUCUUCAUCAAGUAACCAUGCAUUCAAUACCCCAUCAAUUUAUUCAUCGUCGGUCUAUUCGGUUGCAAUGUUGUUGAUUUGUGUGGUGGCUGGUUUGAUGAGUGUUGGUCUCUAA